AUGCCGCCCAUCGAGCUCACUGCCAUCGUCACACCCAAGUCCCCCGAGAAGGGUCAGAGGUUCCUUGAGCUAUUCCAAAGAUGCGUCGAGUACGUCGAGGCGAAUGAGAAGGACUAUGUCCAUCGCUAUGAGAUGCACAAGGGCAUUAAGGACAAGGAUGGCAACGUGCAAUACGUAGUGCUCGAAGGAUACAAAGACAAAGAGGGUCUGGACAAGCAUAUGAAGACCAAGCCAGUUGUCGAGUUGCUUGAGGCGAUCUCCAAGGAGGAGCUGACGGAGACGAAGAUUAUCAUGACGACCAAGGGGCCAGGAAUCGCACCAAAGCUGUGA